AUGGAGACUAAAAAAAAUUGUACAAUUAUUUCGUUGUAUAGUGAUAAUAAGAAUCAAAAAGGAACAUUACGCUAUAUUUCUUUUAAACUCAUUUGCUUAAGUUUAUAUGUAAUUGGAUUUUACUAUGUUUUUCUAAAUACAUCGUUAGAAAACAAGGGCUUACAAAUUGUUAAUAUUAGCAAUGUAUAUGAACGCAAUUUAAGUGAAGCAAAAAAAAAAAGUAACGGUUCACAAAGGAAAAGAAACUUAAAACUUAAAAAUGAAGAUGUAAAUAAAACAAAAUCUAAUGGAAAUAUUAAAAGUAAUGAAGAAAAAGUAGAGGAAAAUGAUGAAUGUACUAACAAUGAUAUGAAGAAUAAUAACGUGGAAAAUAAAAGUAAUAGUUCUAUGAAUAAUAUAAAUUAUAAUGAUUUGUCAAAAAAUUUAACAGAAAAGGAAUUAUUCGAUGUAUUAAAUUCAUUAAAAGAAUGCCCACCCAAAGAAGAUCUUAGAAAUAUAUGGACUCAUACAUGUGGUAUUGCAAAAGAAGGUUUGGAUAAUAUAUUCCAACUGUUAAAGGCAUCAAUACAGAAGUAUUUAGAUAAUGAUUUUAUAACUAGUAUUGCUAUGUCAGAACCUAGUGUGUUUGUAUAUAAACAUAGAUUGGAAGAACAUAUUUUAAGUAUAAUGGAAGCAGUAACAAAUGAAGAGUUAGAAUACACUAAAAAUUUUUAUACGUUAAUUAAUAAUAAACAUACACUUGAUGAUAUAUUAAAAUUUCUGUAUUCCUUCUUAGAACACUUCAAAACAUUAAAAAAACAGUUAUAUGAACAACACCAAAAGGAACUAUUAAAUGAUGUUGAACAAGAACGUUAUACACGGGAAAAAAAUAAAUUUCGUCGAUAA